AAAAUAGAAAAAAAACAGGGAACUAUAGAGUUUCCAAAAAAAAAAAAAUUUUCAAACUUGAAAACUGCGAGAAAAACAAAGAGAAACAGUUCAAAUUGAAAUGGGUUCGUGAAGCGGCUCUUUCCUUUCCAACUAGUUCGCAAGAAAGAGCUCUCCCGACUUCCAGUAGAGUACUUGUUCCGGCCGUCGGAAUCUCAUCUCUCCGGUUCGCUCUCGCCACCGCCUUCCAUUCUCUCAGGUUUGAUCGGUGAAUUCCUACAUGCAAUUCUGUUGGUAAAAUUGGAUACGAAGGGAAAAUGUCGCUUCUAAGUAGAUUUUUUUACAAAAGGCCCCCAGAUGGAUUGCUUGAAUUUGUAGAGAGAGUAUAUGUGUUUGAUUCUUGUUUUUCCACCGAGGUAUUGCCUGAGGAAAUGUACCAAAUCUACUUGCAUGAAAUCGUUACUGAGUUACAUGAAGAAUUCCCAGAAUCAUCGUUCCUUGCAUUCAAUUUUCGUGAGGGUGAGAAACGUAGUCAGUUUGCUGAGAUACUAUGCGAAUAUGAUGUUACAGUUAUGGAUUAUCCACGACAGUAUGAGGGUUGUCCACUCCUUCCAUUAUCUCUCAUUCAACAUUUUCUUCGUGUUUGUGAGAGUUGGCUGUUGCUUGGCAAGCAACAGAAUGUUAUUCUUCUCCACUGUGAGAGGGGGGGUUGGCCACUGUUGGCAUUCCUUUUAGCUAGCUUUUUGAUAUUUAGAAAAUUGCAUAGUGGUGAACGCAAGACUCUGGACAUUGUACAUCGUGAAGCUCCUAAAGGUUUCUUGCAGCUGUUGUCACCUUUAAAUCCGCUCCCAUCUCAGCUUCGUUACCUUCAAUACGUUGCGAGAAGAAAUAUAGCUCCAGAGUGGCCACCUCCUGAGCGAGCACUUUCUUUAGAUUGUGUCAUUCUUCGAGCUAUUCCAAACUUUGAUUCCCAAAAUGGCUGCACUCCAAUUAUUCGUAUUUUUGGUAGGAAUUACCUUAGCAAGGGUGGGCUUUCGACCCAAAUGCUUUUUUCCAUGCCUAGGAAGAAGACACUUCGAAACUACCGUCAGGCAGAUUGUGAUGUCAUCAAAAUUGACAUUCAGUGUUUAGUGCAAGGAGAUGUUGUGUUGGAGUGUGUCCACUUGGAUUCCGAUCCAGAAAGGGAAGUCAUGAUGUUCCGUGUUAUGUUCAACACUGCAUUUAUUCGUUCCAAUAUACUGAUGCUGAAUUCUGAAAACUUAGACAUUCUAUGGGAUUCAAAGGAGUGCUAUCCCAAAGGCUUCCGAGCUGAGGUAUUGUUUGGGGAAGUUGAGAGCAUCUCUCCUCCCAGAGCUCCAACCACAAUUUUAAAUGGUGAGGAGAAAGGUGGAUUGCCUAUUGAAGCUUUUUCUAGGGUUCAAGAACUUUUCAAUGGUGGUGAGUGGGUUGAUAGAAAUGAUGAUGCAGCGUUAUGGUUGCUUAAGCAGCUUUCUGUCUUAAGUGACGCGAAAGAAAUGUCAAGGUUGCAAAACAAAGUGAGUUUAUUCACAUCACCUGCUGACUCUGAAGAAGAAAAUAAUGCAUCUAGCACUGCUGACAGUUCGGAUGAAGCAUGUGAUACUGUUUCCAAGGCUUCAGCAGAUUCAAUGAAAGGACUGAUGAUCGAUACAUUUGACUCAGUCCCCUUAUCAUUUGAAAAUGACAGUCCACGCAAUGCGAACCUUGCUCCAGAGUCUCCUAAUCAAGAGUUAGUUGGACCUGUACAGCAAUCUCUUCAUCAACAAUCAUUAGGAAAAAGUAAAGAAUCCUCACCAUGUUCAUCCCCUCGAACGUUGCCUCCUCCACCCCUGACAUCAGCAUCAUUACAUCCUGCUGUUCAGCCUCCACCACCACCUCCAGAUUCUGAUGCUAAUACAGGGCCUACAUUAUCCCUGCCACCUCCACCCAGUAGCAUUUCCAAUAGAAGUAUUCUGAACCCCCUACCUUCCACUACUAGUAGGGUUCUGUCACCGCCGCCGCCACCACCACCCCCGCCGUCUCUUCCUCCCUCUCCUAAUGUGUCUAGAAAAGGCCCACCAGCACCUCCUCCUCCGCCGCCACCACCACCUCUUUCUUCUAAUUCUCGUCAACAAUGUUUGCCACCUCCCCCACCUCCGCCUCCUCCAUUUUUGGGAAGUACAACUAACAAGCUAAUACCAACAGUGGCACCGCCACCACCACCACCACCACCACCGCCGCCUCCUCCUCCUCUUCCAUCCAUUUCUGGUACUGGUUGUGCAGCACCGCCACCUCCUCCUCCCCCUCCUGUUCCAUCCAUUUCUGGAUUUGGAUGUGCAGCACCAUCACCCCCUCCACCCCCUCCUCCUCUUCCAUCCAUUUCUGGUUCUGGUUGUGCAGCACCGCCACCUCCUCCACCCCCUCCCCCAAUGAAUUGUAGGCCACCACCCCCUCCUCCACCUCCUGCAGGACCUGGAAGGCCAACCCCACCUCCUCCACCACCAGCACCAAAGCUCCCUAAUGCUCCACCUCUGCCGUCAAGUCGUCCUGCAACACCAGCUCCACCCCCACCACCUGGAGGAAAGGGCCCUAGUGCACCACCGCCGCCCCCACCACCUGGAGGAAAGGGCCCUAGUGCACCGCCGCCACCCCCACCAUCUGCUGGAAGGGGUAAAGCUUCUUCUGGACCAACAAGUAUUGGAAGAGGUCGUGGUGCUGCUAAUGCCCCAAAGAAAAAUUCGUUGAAGCCUCUACACUGGGUGAAGGUUACUCGUGCAAUGCAAGGGAGCUUGUGGGCUGAUUCUCAAAAACAGGAAAAUGUGUCGAGCGCUCCAGAAAUAGAUAUAUCAGAACUUGAAAGUCUAUUCUCAGCAGCCUCUGCUUCAGAUGGGAAGGGCGUUAAAGCUGGAGGUAGACGUGGGCCAACCAUGACCAAACCUGAGAAAGUGCAAUUGGUCGACCUGCGUAGAGCAUAUAACUGUGAAAUUAUGCUUUCAAAAAUAAAGAUCCCCCUGCCAGAUAUGAUUAAUGCAGUUCUGGCACUGGAUUCUUCUGUUCUUGACAUUGAUCAGGUUGAGAAUCUCAUUAGAUUUUGUCCUACCAAAGAAGAAAUGGAAACUUUGAAGAACUAUACAGGUGAGAAGGAAAUGCUGGGGAAGUGUGAACAGUUUUUCUUAGAGCUGAUGAAGGUUCCACGAGUAGAACCCAAGUUGCGAGUAUUUGCUUUCAAAAUUACCUUUUCUAGUCAGGUGAAAGAUUUAAGAUUAAACUUGAUUACCAUCAAUAGUGCUGCUAGAGAGGUUAAAGAAUCUGCGAAGUUGCGACAGGUAAUGCAGACAAUUCUUACUUUGGGAAAUGCCUUAAAUCAAGGCACUGCUCGAGGGUCAGCCAUAGGAUUUAAAUUGGACAGCCUUCUUAAAUUGUCUGACACCCGUGCAAGAAACAACAAAAUGACUUUAAUGCACUAUUUGUGUAAGCUUAUUGCUGAGAAAAUGCCAGAGUUGCUGGAUUUUGAUAAGGAUCUUAUUCAUUUGGAAGCUGCCUCUAAGAUUCCAUUGAAAGCUUUAGCUGAAGAAAUGCAAGCCGUGAGUAAAGGUCUUGAAAAGGUUGAGCAAGAACUUGCUGCUGCUGAAAACGACGGUGUAAUCUCUUCUGGUUUUCGAAAGGUGCUGAAGAGUUUUCUUGAUACGGCUGAAGCUGAAGUAAGGUCACUAAUCUCCUUGUACUCUGAAGUGGGAAGAAAUGCAGAUUCUUUGUCUCAAUACUUUGGGGAGGAUCCAUCUCGGUGUCCUUUUGAACAAGUGACACAGGUAUUGUUCGUCUUUGUCAAGAUGUUCAGCAAGUCGCGAGAGGAAAAUGAAAGACUUGCUGAUAUUGAAAAGAAGAAGCUUGAAAAGGAAGCCAUGAAAGAGCGAACUGUAGCUAAUUCAUCUGCAAAGAAAGAUGCUGUGGAUAGAGCAACAUGAGAUUGACAUAUAUUGGUGUGGUUUUGGCAUUUGCACUUCCUUCAGGAGUUGCUGUGCAGAUCAAGAUCUACACUGCAUUAGGCUAUUUAUUACGGUCAACUAGAUGGUGAUUUUCACAUUUGCUCUUUCUAAACAUUUCUCCUGCGAAUCGAUAAUGUGUAUAAUACAACUUAGCAAGUUGGAUUCGAGCUGUAAAUAUGCAAGAAAUUAUGCUUACACUGUAAUAUUCUUUCCAUCUCUCAAAUCAUUUUGUACGAUCUCA